AUGUCUACUCCUACUCGCCAACUUCGAAGACUGUCGAUUACCGGUGACAUGCCAGCAGUCCGCCUCGGAAAAGAGAUCGUCAGAAAUCAGGCCGAGGACAGCGAUGGUUCGGAUGGUGGAAGCGAUUCCAGCGCUGACGACAGGGCAACUCCGACGGCACACCCGGUUGUACACGGCGCGUCAGGCCUUUCUUACGACCUCUCCAGGCUGUAUUUUGGUUCCAAGGCCAGAGCUCUGGUGGGAUUAACGAGUCAUUUCGACGUGAUCCGCUGCCGUGAGACGCAAACAGGAUACGGGUUCCAGUUGUCAGAGCGGCCUCACGUUCAUCUCGGAGCAGAGUCUUUCACUUGCACUUGUUCGACUUACUCGAGUCAACCCAGUGUACCCUGCCAACAUAUCUAUAAGUGGCUUCACGACCAGCUUCAUGGCCGCCUCUUCUCCCGACAUCCUACCCCCGACAUUCCUCUAUCCAACCAUGACCGCCUACCGAACCUGGGACGCAUUCGACAACUGCUCGAUAGCAAGAUACCUACCAUUGCGCACGAAUUUGACUGGCCGUAUCCGCCCUUCGAAGCCCACGGGGGGAUGAAUCGCCAGGAGAUGGUCAAGGAUAUCAUGUCCGCCUUCGAUAGCGCCAUCCUGCCCGAGGACUUCCGUCCGGACCUUGCUGAUGAUGAGCCGGGGCAGUCCCGCACGCCCGAGCAGUGCGUGGUGCAGGGAGACUUCGCGGCGACCUUGUUCCGGCUGGCUGUCCACGACGACGCAGUCUACGCCAGUCUGCGCAAGGCGAUGCCCAUCGGGGCGUGCACGGCGAUAUACUUUGACAAGGUCCAGCAGAGACUGCGGGGCUUACUCGCCGGCUUCGAUCGAUACUGCCAAACCGGGCAGCUUCCGACGGGAGUCCGGGUUUUGACUGCCAGCACUGUGCUGGAGGAGAUCCACGGUCAUGUCCAUCGGAUCCGGAGGAGCAUCGUUGCGCGGGCACCCCACGGCGCUGAUGGGGCUGCGAAAGCGCUCGUGACGUUACUGGAAGAUAUCUGCGGCCGUAACCACGAUCCCUUGGAGGGCAAUACCUGGGGUCGAGAGACGUUUGACGGCGAGGAUGAGGACCAGCGCAAUCUCUAUCACCAGCUCGUUGGCCGGACCACCGAGACUGGAGAUUUCUUUGUCCUUGAUGUUCUCGAGCAGCUUCCCCUUCAGAACCUUCGUCAGUUCGAGGACAAGCUGAAGGGGAUCCUGCGCAAGGUGGAGGUAGACCGCGCGCCCAAGGCCUAUAUCAUCCGGCUGGACGCGCUGAUCCGUGCUCUGGCAUCGACUGACGCAGGUGCUGGUCAGAAAAGGCCGUCUUCGGCUACGACUACCGGCAAUAGCAAGCGAGCUCGAUGA